AAGAAGCACUUGAAGUUAGUUGAAGAUUGAGGUUAUAGGAUAGGACUUUCAAAAGCAAUUUCCAAAAGCAAUUUCAAAAGCAAAGAGUCAAAAGUUUCAAGUGGUUCGAAAUUUGUAUGAAAAGAAAAUAAUUAAGGUGAAAGUAUAACCAAGGAAGGACCCAGGCUCAAACUCUCUACCCUGCCUUUCAGUGACCUGAGUUAUCUCCGAAUCCAAAAUGAAAGUGAAACGGUACAAGAAAGUUCAUAAACAUUUGGGAUUUUUCACACAUAAUUAUGGAUUCAGACAACCAUACCAAAUUUUAGUUGAUGGAACAUUCUGCUUGACUGCACUGAAUAAUAAAAUCAACAUAGCUGAUAAUAUUCCCAGAUACCUCCAGGCAGAUGUAAAGCUGAUUACCACACAAUGUGCUAUCAUAGAAAUGGAGAAUUUGGGUCCCAAAUUGAAUGGUGCUUUGAUAAUCUUGAAAAUGUACACCAUUCAUAAAUGUGGCCAUGAAGGAAAACCUAUUUCUGGAUCAAAAUGUAUUUUAUCUAUGCUUGGAAAAACAAAUGAGAAUCAUUAUAUUAUUGCAACACAGGAUAGAGAUCUACAAACCAAAAUACGAAAUAAACCAGGGGUUCCCUUGCUCUACCUACAUAUUAAAACCCCUGUUUUGGAACAACCUUCAGAAGCAUCUGUAAUAACAGCUAAGAAUAGGUUAUCACUCUUACAGGGUUCUGAAAGAGAAGCUCUGGAAAAAUUAAAAGAAGAGAAUGGAUUAGCAGGAAGCCAAGAAAAAAUUAGGAAAAAGAAGAAAAAAGGUCCAAAUCCUUUGUCAUGUAAAAAAAGAAAGGCUAAAUCAAGUUCUAAAAUGAUUGUAGCACCAAAAGAAAGAAAACCUCAUAUUGAAAGUACUAAAAGGAAAAGAAUUAAGAUACCAAAACAUGUUAGGGAUGAAUUAAUGAAGAAAUAAAUUGUUUAAAUAUUUACUACUUUUAUUUCAAUUAUAUUUAGUAACUUUCAACACUGUGAAUCACACAGAAAUCUAUUAUACAUUAUUGUUUACAAUAACAUUCUAUUCACUACUAUAGUAAUAGACCCAUUAGACUAAAUAUAUUAAAUCUACAUAAUACACAUAAGUACUUCAUUUAGCUAAAUUUAGCUGGAAUUAUAUCAUCAAUAAACAUAAAAUCACAUUAAAAAUUUAAGAAAUUCUGUAAAUCUGUAAGAAAAAUCAGUCAUAAGAAGCCUUGUUGUAGUUCAAGUAAUUCAAAUGCAUAUUGAAAUAAGGACCCACAGAUAUAUCAUUUAUAUAUAGUAUACACACAGGUUUAGGAAAACUGAAGGAUUCACCCGUUUUGAAUAAGGUAUUCAAUUCCUAUUAAAUUUGACCAAAAUUGUGUAAGUAAAAUUACAAUUUUACUUUCUCUUUAGGAAUCCUUCAGUUCUGCUAAGUUGGUUUCAAAUGUGUUAUUUUUGGACAAAAUAGUUCAUCCAUAUCUUGGAAAAUAGAACACCAGUCUUAUUUUAUAUUGUCACAUUUGGGAUGCGUAAAAUAAUUCUUUUGAUUUUUCACCAAAUAUUUUCUUACAUAAUAAUAAAUGAGCACCUUUCAAAAUCUACUAAUUAAAGUAAUUUAAAGCUUACCUAUUUUUUACAAUAUAUCUUUGUUCAUGAACUACUUAGUACUUCAUGACACAGUUGCUUUUGGAACUUCUAAAAAUUAGAUUGUUUUUGAUAUGUCAAAGAGUAAUAAAGAACCUCUUCAUCUAAAAAAAUUCGUUGAAUUGUCAAAGGUUAUAGGUAGGUACAUUGUUUUGGUUAUGGAACAAAAACUAAGAAAAUUAUGUCAUUUCAAUAAUUAUUAUUACCAUGAUUCUUGUAUAUUUGACUAUUGAAAAGUUAUAUAAUAUUAAAUUGCAAAAAUGCAAUACUCUUUCUGAACAUUAUUACGUUUAUCACAAAAAUGCUAAAAUUAUCUGAUAGUAUAUUUUGGGUGGUCUAAGUUUGGUUAUAAAAAUUUCAAAUUGGACCAUCCUUGUAUACUGGCAUAGUAGUGGGCCAUAGUUAAAUGUCCUGCAGAUGUGGGUAGAAUUUUUUUCAUUUUUAAUUUUAGUUAGUUUUUCUUGAUUUUACCUAUUUUGAAUUUUGGUGAGAUCAGAUUUGGUUCCCAAUUUUAUGAAUGAUUCAGUCAUGAAUCAUAAUGGGUGCUAACAGGUUUUGACUGGCAGCCAGAACCAGAUGGUGCUACUGGUAUACCUGAUUCAUACAGGGUCCUCUUAUAUACAGUAGGUACCUAUAUCUACUUUCUCUAGGUUACCUUCUUCUCUUUGCUAAUGAGAAAAUCGGUAGUAAAAUAAUUUGACAUUAUAGGGGUAAAAAACCUCAAACAUGAAUAUAUCUUGAGAUUUUGUAUUUUUAUACAAACCAAACCACAGUUUUGAAAAAUUUCCGAAAAAAUUAUGAAUUUGAGUUUUAUGAAUUUAAUAUCUUCCCGUAUAACUCGAUUUUUUCGACUUCAUUAUUACCUAUCCAUAUUCUUAGAUUUCAAUUUCAAACGUCCAUGGACAUUGUAUGUACAUACAUCCAAUUUACGUACAAACAUAAAUGAUCAUUGGAUGUUUCAGCCAGUGAACGUGAUCCAUUUAACGUCCAACCAUUCAUGGACAAAGAAAGAACAUUUAUUGCAUGUACAAUGGAUGUAUCCAAAUUAGCUUCCGUUGGAUAUAUAUCCAUUCUACGUCAACUUGAAGUCUAAACUCUCGUGGAAGUUUAAUCGAUAUCCAUCGUACCUGCAAAGCCAGACGUACAUUGGAUAAUACAAAUAGCAUUAACGGACGUUCACUUCACGUCGAUAAACGUCAUGACUUGAAAUGAUUUCUGAUAGAUGUUUUGGUCACAUAUUUUGUACUUAUGAUGCAUGUUCAUUUAACGGCCAUUUUAAGUUAAAUCAUUCAUGCUUGCAAAAUGAACAUCCAUCAUAAGUACAACCAGUAAGACCAAACUAAACAUCUAUCAGAAAUCAUUUCAAGUCAUGACGUUUAUGGACGUGAAGUGAACGUCCAUUGUACGUACAAGUCUAAAUCAGGUUAUCGACAGGCGGGACGCCAUUUUGAGCUAGCUAAUGAUGUGAGCAUGUCGUGUUGUCUUUGUGAUGAAUUCUGGAAUGGAAUGGAAAAUUUAGAGGUCAUCAGAUCCGUGAUUUGUGGUCUUUAUUAUUUUAAUUUCAACUGGAUAACUUAUACAUACAUAAGUUAGUUGCCUUCUGAAUUAAGCCUCAAUGAACUUAUACUGUUAUGUAGUAGCAGCAGAAUUGCAGUCAGAGAUCAGGAAAAAAUCAUCAGAUAAGAUGACUAUAAUGAUGUUUUAUUCUGUUAUCCAAUCUUAUAAUAUUCAAUUUGGAGUUUACCAGGCAACUUUCGCAUUAGCAGAGAAGAAAACAUCUUAAGACGAAGCCGAAUAAAUUGAAACACGAGGUAUACCUACUUAACAAUAUGCCUUUUCAUUUAAAUGACUAUCACUGCUUACAUCUUUCAUCCAACGACAGUGGCGGCCAUAUCCACCGAAACACUUGCACCACACUCCUCAGUAACGAAUAAGUAACAUUUUUUAGUUUUUUCGAAUUAAUUAUAAUACAAUUAAUACCCAUCAGGAAUAAAGAAGCUAAAAUACUAUGUUGUUUUUGUUGUUUCUCAAUUACGAAUGCCCAUGGUGGUUGACACUGUUGACAUUUGACAGAACGUCAAUAAAAACCGCCAUAUUCGAAUUGGCCAAUCAGAAUUUUGUGUCGGAACUAUAGCCAAUGAGACUUCACCUUCGCAUUACCCAAUCAAAUUUUGGAUCUAAAAACAACCGCAUGCGUCUCAAAAAUAUAUCUAAAUGAAAAGGCCUAUUCUACCAAUCUGUACCUCACAUCUCAGAGAUUUAACCAUAGCUCACACGAUGUAACUAUUUUAAGAUCACAAAUACGGAACACGAAUUGAUUCAGCUUUCACUCUUCAAGUUGCAAUAUUUCUCAGCCAUGACCGUCAGCACUUGCUCGAACUUCAUGUGUCUCUCGUCCGAAUCGGCGUGGGAACCCUUGCUGCCCCACAAAAACUUGAGCUGGAACUCGGUUUUGAAUAUGUCCAACGUGAGUUCGUCCAUCCUUGCUUCCCCCAGUACAAUCUCUGCGUUCCUCUGAUAUGUUGGGCACAGCUCCAAGUACUUCCUGGCAGUUUGCAAGUGGCUUAGAAUAGUGGUGAGACCGAAAUCCUGGGUGCUGGAUUCCCAGAAACCAAGGCAGCUUUGCGACAGUGAAUGUUGAUCGGCGGGUGCCAAAAAAGCAGCGAGAUCUCUCUCUAGUAGCAAAAUGAUAGGCAGCAAAUGAGGAAUGGUGGUGUUCGGUGCUUGCGGGUUUGAGCAAUUGUUCAUGUUUUUGAGGGUCGGCCGGAGUUUAGCUUCGAAGUUGAAGGCCGAAUCGGUGUAUUUCUGACGCAGCAUGUGCCAAGUGGAGUCCAAUUUUUGU